AUCAGUUUUUUCUCUCCCCAUCUUCCUGAUUUUCCGACUUUCCAAGCACUUCCGCUUUCUAUCUUCCACCAAUGGCCCGUACCAAGCAAACUGCGAGGAAGUCCACUGGAGGGAAGGCUCCAAGGAAGCAGCUGGCGACCAAGGCCGCUCGCAAGUCCGCGCCGGCCACCGGCGGUGUGAAGAAGCCCCACAGGUUUCGUCCCGGUACGGUGGCUCUUCGUGAGAUCCGGAAGUACCAGAAGAGCACAGAGCUUCUGAUCCGGAAACUACCGUUCCAGCGAUUGGUUCGUGAGAUUGCUCAGGACUUCAAGACCGAUCUGAGGUUUCAGAGCAGCGCCGUGGCUGCUCUUCAGGAGGCCGCUGAGGCGUAUUUGGUCGGGCUCUUCGAGGACACCAAUCUCUGUGCUAUUCAUGCUAAGAGGGUCACGAUCAUGCCCAAGGAUAUUCAACUCGCCAGGAGGAUUCGUGGUGAGAGGGCUUAGAGAGAUGGCUUCGGUGGGGUUUGUCUCUGCAGUUGCGUUGUUUCUUUAGGGUUUAGCGUAGUUUGAUGUAAAUCUAUGGUGUUCUGGUUGUCAAUUCUUAGUCGAUAUGUGGAGUUUUCAAUUGUGAAUCACCAUUAUUAUCAAUAUUCGAUCAAUGGAAAUUUGCUUUCCUAUCCAUUUUAUA